AUGGGGGGAGCCUCUGUCUGUCACCCCUCCACGGCCCUCCUCCAUCGCCGGCACCACGUGGAUGCCAGGCCUCCGAGCCCUUCACACCUGCACCGCUGUGGGUCCUGGCGGAAGUCGGUGCCCGGCGCUGGCAGGGGGCCUUCCUGGGGCCAGGUCUGGGUGGUCGGGCCGGCUUCAGGUCCCCGCCUGGGUUCCAGCGGGGGGGCCGGUCUGGGGAGGCGGGCAGGGCCCCGCCCCGCCCCCAGCCCCGCCCUCAGCCCGGCUCUCCCACAGGUGACCAUCUACCUGGGCAAGAGGGACUACGUGGACCACGUGGACCAGGUGGAGCCCGUGGAUGGCGUGGUGCUGGUGGACCCCGAGCUGGUGAAGGACAAGCGAGUCUUCGUGUCUCUGACCUGCGCCUUCCGCUACGGCCAGGAGGACAUCGACAUCAUCGGCCUGACCUUCCGCCGGGACCUGUACUUCUCCAGGGUGCAGGCGUACCCCCCCGCGGGCGCGGCGCCCGCCCCCACCCCCAUGCAGGAGAGCCUCCAGAAGAAGCUGGGCGCCCACGCCUACCCGUUCCUCCUCACGUUUCCUGACUACUUGCCCUGCUCCGUGGCUCUGCAGCCGGCUCCCCAAGACGUGGGCAAGUGCUGCGGCGUGGACUUUGAGGUGAAGGCCUACGCCACGGACGGCACCGAACACGAUGAGGAAAAAAUACCCAAACGGAGCUCCGUCCGCCUCCUCAUUCGCAAGGUCCAGCACGCGCCUCGCCAAAUGGGGCCUCAGCCCAAAGUGGAGAAGGCCUGGCAGUUCUUCAUGUCCGACAAGCCUCUUCACAUGACCAUCUCCCUCAGCAAAGAGGUCUAUUUCCAUGGCGAGCCGAUUCCUGUGACCCUCACGGUGACCAACAACACGGAAAAGACGGUGAAGAAGAUCAAAGUGGCAGUGGAGCAAGUCGCCAACGUGGUUCUGUAUUCGAGUGACUACUAUGUUAAGCCUGUCGCCGAGGAGGAGGCCAAUGAAAAAGUACCCCCGAAUGGAACCAUAACAAAGACGCUAACACUCCUCCCCUUGCUCGCUAAUAACCUAGAGAGGAGGGGUAUCGCCCUGGAUGGGAAGAUAAAGCAUGAAGACACGAAUCUGGCCUCCAGCACUAUCAUUAAGGAAGGCAUCGACCGAACAGUGAUGGGAAUCCUGGUGGCUUACCAGAUCAAAGUGAAGCUCACUGUCUCGGGUGCGGCGGCUGAAGAUUUGGUCUUUGAGGAGUUUGCUCGUCAAAAGCUGAACGAUGCAGCUGAUGACGAAGCAGAAAAGAAAGAAGAGGCAGCGAAUGACGACUGAAUGGUGUCGAUAGAGAGGCCGUAGUGCAUAGGGUUGUAGCUCUCGGCUGCACUAGUACGACCCCCUGUUUUACAGAGGAAGAGUCGAGGCCCCAGAUUUCCUUCCCCAUUGUGAAAGCUGAACAGACUUAGUUAAGCAGUUAUCAUCUCAUUUGUCCCUUCGGAAGACCAGCCUUGUGAAGAGACUUGAUAGGUAAACUAAGUCAGGUUCCGGAUUAAACCCUUUAGAGGGCUCCAAACCCUCAGAUUAUGGAGAAAACUCAGUACGCGUACAAGCAGGAACAUCCGUGUUCAGGAACGUCAAGUGCUCUGCCUCCAGACCCAAAGCAAGCCUCCUUCCUUGGCACCAGCGGGCCCAGUGCAGAAAGCGAUGGUUUGUCCCGUGCUGAGCUCUAAAUUGUCCAUGCCCUCCCCCGUUGCUCAGAUAAAUAAAGUUUGAAUAGAAGUUUAAAAAGGUGGAUUUGUGUCAUGUUGACUGCCUUGAGAUCAAAGGCCUGAAAUGCUGGAGCAACCACAAAGUGAGAUAUUCUGGAGUCUCUGAGCAGGCAUCACAGGGCAAGGGA